CUCCGUCCGGCCUGGCCUCUCCGCGACAGCACAUCGCUUCUCCCUCCCGAUUCACCCUCUUUCUCUCCGUUGCCGUCCUUACCUUCCACCCACUCCAGGGCGCAGGAAUCAAUACUUACUGCGCACCUUCUCCCUUGCCUCGCCGGCUUCGUCCCGCCUGUGCGCCAUCGCCGUGGUGGAGCCAGCCCGUCAGAACGAUAGUGCCGCGUAGUCACCUCCUAGUCGCCACGGGGACCCCGUCCGUCCAGCUACUAUCGCGGCUCAAUCAGCUUCCUGGGAGCUGCCUUCGACCAGCCUCUCCCCAACCCAGCGCCGGACAUUCCACCAUGGCGCAAUAUUUCUUCGACUUGCUCUACAACUUUACCGACUGCAUGUGCUGUUUCCCGAGCACGCCGCAGUUGAAGAUCAACAAUCGCAGUUUCAAAUUGCUCCGACUUCUCGGUGAAGGCGGCUUUUCUUACGUUUACCUCGUUCAAGACAAAUCGACGUCGGAGCUGUUUGCGCUCAAGAAGAUCCGAUGUCCAUUCGGCCAGGAGUCGGUCUCCCAGGCCCUGAAGGAAGUGGAAGCCUAUAAUCUGUUCACUUCUCAGAGCAACAUCAUCCACUCCAUUGACCACUGUGUUUCCACCGAAUCGGGCUCGAAAUUCCGCGCCGAUGGCGGUGAUGCCGGAUCGAAGACGGUCUACAUUCUACUGCCCUACUACCAACGGGGCAACCUUCAGGAUGCCAUCAAUGCGAACCUAGUCAACCAUGCUCGGUUCCCGGAGAAGCGUCUGAUGGUGCUGAUGCUGGGGGUAGCCAAUGCACUCCGAGCGAUGCACCUGUACCGUGUGAGGAGCGGCACCGGCCCUACGCGCAAGGCUAAAGCUAUCAGGAGGGAGGGCGCCGAGGCUGACGCGGAGGUUGCCAUGCGGAUGGGGAAACCCAAGCGACACGGAGGUCAAGAUAUGGACGAAGAAGAGGAGAAUGAACCAUUGAUGGAUGAUGAGGUCACGAUAAGCCAGGAAGGCAUCCAAGAUGGCGACCUUCGCCCAUAUGCCCACCGAGACAUUAAGCCUGGAAACAUUAUGAUCGCCGACGAUGGUCGAACACCUAUCCUGAUGGAUCUCGGAUCGCUCGCGCCCAGUCCAAUUGCCAUUACAUCCCGGUCUCUUGCCUUGGCCGUUCAAGACACGGCUGCCGAACACAGCACGAUGCCAUACCGGGCGCCCGAGCUUUUUGACGUCAAGACGGGGUCUAUCAUCGACACCAAGGUGGACAUCUGGUCCUUGGGAUGUACGCUCUACGCCUGCCUGGUGGGCAAGAGCCCUUUUGAAGCCCGCAGCGAGGAGACUGGUGGCAGCUUGAGCAUGUGUGUCCUCGGUGGAGAUUGGCGAUUCCCGGAUGAGAAGUCGAGUGGUACGAAGGGCAAGGGCAAGGCGAGCGACGACAACCGCAAGGACAAUACGAUGCAGAUCAGUGCGCCCGUGAAGGAGGUGGUACGCCGGUGCCUGCAGGUGGAACCGGCCGAUCGCCCGGACAUUGAUGAGCUGAUUCAGAUCCUGAAGGACGUGAUCAAAGAUCUGCCGGAGGAGGACGAGAUUGCCAGUGGAUCGAGCUGAGCUCGACCUGCAGCAAUCAUGCCUUGACCAUACUUGAUUUCACUGGUUGAAUCCCCCGUUAUGACGUUCCUGUGGGUUGUCUGGUUGUGGCCAGAUUGUAUUAUACGAGCCAAAUGCUGAACAUAUUUCUGUGCUUGUGGUUGUCAUCUGCGGGGGGUUCUACUGUUAUGUCCAUGUUACUGAGCUUGAUACCAGAAUAAUAUUGGCUGCAGGCGGCAGAUUGAGAG